AUGUUAUCUACAACAGCAACGGCGGUAUCACCUUUGGCACCGGUACCCAGAUUCUCAAGAUUUGAUAAGAAGGUUUGCACACUAGGUAAAGGGAUAAGUGGGUAUGUUGAGUUGUAUAUGGAUAGGCACAAAGUGCCCUACGCGGUGAAAGUGUACCAUACCAAGGAGACUUUUGAAAGUAAAGACGAGUUUCGAAAACGAGUGCUCCAUGAACAUGCUAUGUUACUGAAUCUCUGCCAUAGAAAUAUCAUUACGGUUUACAAAUACCAAAAGCUGAAGUUGGGGUCUAAGGUGAAAUUGUAUAUGGAGGCAGGAACUGAACAUUUGUCAAAAUUGCUAAAAACCACUGCAUCUCAUAGUGUUGAUGAAUUGUUGUGUAUCUGGAAACAAUUAUGCCAGGGAGUGCAGUAUCUCCACUCUUUAAAUAUAUGUCACCGGGAUUUGAAGUUGGAGAAUUUGGUGUUUGACUUGGACUUUCGGCAUUUGAAAAUUAUAGAUUUCGCUACUGCAGAGGAAGUAACUUUGAAACAGGGACAAUCGAUUGGAUUGGUUGGCUCAGAAAAGUAUGCUGCGCCAGAGACAUUUGCAAGCUUGAAAUAUGAUGGCAAAGCAACGGAUAUUUGGUCCAUUGGAAUCAUCUUGUAUUUCUUUCUCAAGGACGAAUUCCCAUGGGAGCUGGCUCGACAUAACAAUCAGAAAUUCAAAAGUUACUCGGAAACUCAACUGAUGGAAAUGCCAAUAAGUCAAAUUUUGGCAAUCAACUCGAAACAGAGAUUGAGUAUAUCGGCGAUUAUGCAAGACCCAUGGUUCGAGCUGAUCCAUUCCUGUGGCAACAAUACAAACUGUGGCAUUAUACAUAAACUUACCUUCUCGAUCGACACUAUUAACACUAUCGAGCGACACUAUCGAGCGAAGCGAGAUAGUGGAGCAGCACUGACUGCCACCGACACUGUCGACACUAUUGACACUAUCGACACUAUCGAGCGAAGCGAGAUAGUGGAGCAUCAGUAG